CUGGCCAGGAUCAAGAGAAGAGCCAGUGGGACAGAGGGCACCUAAGCUUUCUGAGCCGGGGCACUGCUGUCUCCUACAGGAUUUGGGACUGUCUAGUGGCCUACCCUCUGCCCUCCCCCUUUCCCUUAUCCCCUGUCCUCUGUUUCCUUUCCCUGACUUCUGUUUACUGUCCCUAAGCCUUUCUUACCUGUUCCCAACCUCCAGUGGCCUAUGCCAUCUGUCUCCAGCCUUCCCUCCCCUGCUCUCUGUUCCCUUCCUAGCCUUCUAUCCCCUCACUCUUGUUCCCUGCACACUAGGUAUAGCCACCGCCUGUGGCCAGCUCACCCCUGCCCCUGCCCUGGGGCACCUCUACCGGUGGAGCGAGCCUUUGUUUGUUCACGUCCAAGCCCAUGCCUUGUCCCCUGAACCAGAGAGCGGCCAUGGAGACCCCUCCAGUGGUCAGCGGGGCCGUGUCUGUGUCCCCAGCCAUGGAUCUUGUACUGGGUGCUUCAGCCUGUUGCCUAGCCUGCGUCUUCACCAAUCCCCUGGAGGUGGUAAAGACAAGGUUGCAGCUACAGGGUGAGCUGCAGGCCAGGGGCACAUAUGCCCGGCCCUACCGGGGGAUCCUUCAGGCUGUGGGCACCGUGGCACAGGCGGAUGGGCUUUGGGGACUGCAGAAGGGGCUGGGAGCUGCUCUGCUCUACCAGGGAGUCAUGAAUGGAGUCCGAUUCUACUGCUAUUCCCUGGCCUUGGAAGCUGGCCUCACCCAGUACCACGGGGGCACUGUGGCUGCCGGGGCACUGGCCGGAGCCCUGGGAGCCUUCUUUGGGAGCCCGGCAUACCUGGUCAAAACACAGCUACAGGCAAAGACCUCGGCUCCUCUGGCUGUUGGCCAUCAGCACCAAUACCAGACUGUCCUCGGCGCCCUGGAAACCAUCUGGCGGCAACAGGGUGUCCCAGGUCUGUGGCGAGGGGUCAGUGGGGCCGUGCCCAGGGUCAUGGUGGGAUCAGCUGCCCAACUGGCCACCUUCGCCUCGGCCAAAACAUGGGUCCAGGACCACAAGUGGUUCCAGCAGGACAGCUGGCUUGUGGCCCUGGCUGGGGGCAUGAUCAGCAGUGUGGCAGUGGUCAUUGUGAUGACCCCGUUUGAUGUGAUCAGCACCCGCCUAUACAAUCAGCCCGUGGACUCAGCAGGAAGGGGCCAGCUGUACCGAGGGGUCCUCGAUUGCUUGGUGAAGAUCAUCCGGGCAGAGGGUCCCCAGGCUCUCUACAAGGGUCUGGGCCCUGGCUAUCUGCGCCUGGGCCCCCACACUGUCCUCAGCCUGCUCUUCUGGGAUGAGCUCCGGAAGCUCAUCUACCAAUUCCAGCAUCAGGGAACCUAGGGCCCCUUCCUGGCCCCUCUCCAGCGGAAUGAGAACCUGGCAUUCAGGACCCUACUUGCCCCAACAGGCUCUCCAUCCUGUCCUACCUCCACCCAGCCCCAUCUUCGUGGCAACAUUGAAAGGACCCAUGGGGGAGAGGUUGGAAAUGGUGAGCUGGUGGGAACCCACCAUGUAGAAGGCUGGUCAUGGACUAAAGGAGGGAAGGCCCAAGGGGCCGGUUAUUAUCACUAGGAUUGGAAGGAGUUAGAGAAUGUUCACAGGCCGCUACUUUAGUUUAUGUUUUUGAGAGAACCAUCUUCCUAUCCUUGGGUCCAUGGCCAUAGACUGUCCCCCCCCUGAGCUCAGCAGUGUCUUGGAAACACAUUCUCUGAUUCUCAGUGACCCAGUGGAGUGUGGAUGCUUCAAUGUACCCCCAUCUGCACUCCUGGGGAAGCACUGACACAAGGGUCAGAAGUUGAGAGGGAAUCCAAGAUGGCACAUGGAUCAUGGCCAACACCCCUCACUUUACAAAUGGGGAAACUGAGGCCCAGAGAGGUCUCACACAGGGAAUAACAGAUCUGGGAUCUCAAACCAGAUCCUCAGACUAACGCACUGUCACCUAUCCUCAUUAAAUACAAUGACCAGAAUAUGAAAAUGUUCUUCAGAACACAGAAUGUUGGAAUUCAGAAUAUACCAUUUAUAACACAGGAGAACACUGGACUUGGAGUCAGAAAGACAUAGGUUCAAAACUGUGUCUUAGACACUUGCUGGCUGUGUGACCUUGAGCAAGUCACUUCUCUGUGACUCAGUUUCUUUCAUCAGUAAAAAGAGUCAGAUUCAAUGGUUUCAAAGGUCCUUUCCAGCUCUGAUGUUAAGAUCCAAGAAUGGCAGUGCUAAAAGGGGUCCUGAGAGACCAUCUACCCCAACUCCUGCAUUUUACAGAAAAAGGAACUGAGGCCCAGAGAAGGGAUAUGACUUGUCCAGGGUUGUAAAACAAGGGGAUCUGAAACCAGGUUUUCGGACACCCAAUUAUCCCACUGUCUCAUGUAUGGCUGGGUUGUGGAGCGGGGGCAGGGGGCGGGGCACGGGAAAGAAGGGUAAGGUUCAUCCCUACCUCUACAGUCUUUUUUUUUUUUUUGAGGGGGAGACAAUUGGGGUUAAGUGACUUGUCCAGGAUCACAUAGUAAGUGCCUAAGGAUGGAUUUAAACUCAGCUCUUCCUGAUUUCACCACCUAAUGAGGAGAGUCUGUAGGCGAACCCCCUUGAUCACCCCCUUGGUCAUGACAAUUGACCUUGGGGCUGAGGGGCUCCCCCAGAAACUCCACAAACACUCCAGGUCCUUCUCCCCCCACUCCAAAAUGAAUAAAGUUUUCUAUUUUUGCUUA